AUGGCCGAGACCGAGCAGCGUCAGCUCGCGUAUUGGCUGGAGCAGCUCGAGGGAAGCCAGCCCGCCGAGCUGCUCUGCGACAAGCCCCGGCCAGCCAUCUCCUCUGGCAAGGCGCAGGUCCACCACUUUGCCCUCGAUGACCAGCUUUACCAGGAGCUCCAGGCCUUCUGCCAGACACAUCAGGCCACUCCCUUUGUGGUGCUCCUCGCCGCUUUCAGGGCGACGCACUACCGCUUCACCGGUGUCGAAGAUGCCACCAUUGGCACACCCAUCCCCAGCAACACCAACCUCUUAUGCGUUCGCACCACCGUCGAGCCAGAGGACUCGUUCUAUGCUCUCGUCCAGCGCGUCCAGCAAACAAACAGCGCGGCCUCUAGCAACCAGGAUGUCGCCUUCCAGAAGAUCGUCUCGGAGCUGCGUCCUGGCACCGCCGACCAGUCCCGUAACCCGCUCGUUCAGACGAUAUUUGCAGUUCACUCGCCAGAAGAUGCCAACAGCCCACGGCUCGACGGUGUGACGGUAGCCACGUCCAAGUUUGACAUUGAAUUCCAUCUCAUCCAGGAGACUCAGCGUAUGAGCGGUCACAUCAUCUUCUCGGAUGAUCUGUUUGAAGCUUCGUCCAUCCGCUCCGUCGAGUCCGUCUUCACUGAGGUCCUCAGUCGUGGCCUCAAGACACCCGAGGCCCUCGUCUCGACACUACCUCUCACCCAGGGUCUCUCAGCACUGGCCGAUAUGGGCCUCACAGAUGUUGCACGCACCGAUUACCCGCGCGACUCCAGCGUCGUCGAGCUCUUCCGGAGACAGGUCUCUCUCAACCCCGACGUCGUUGCCGUCAAAAACGCAUACUCGUCUUCUCAGCUCACGUACGUGGAGCUGGACCGGCAAUCGGACCAGCUCGCCCACUGGCUGGUCCAGCGCGGGCUCGCCCCAGAGACCAUGGUCGCGGUGCUGGCGCCGCGGUCGUGCGAGACAAUCGUGGCCCUGUUGGCCAUUCUCAAGGCCAAUCUGGCAUAUUUGCCUCUCGACGUCAACGUCCCCGUUGGUCGCCUCGAGAGCAUCCUCUCCGCGGUCCAGGGAGACAAGCUCGUCCUUCUCGGCACCGGCGUCACGCCUCCCGCUCUGCAGCUCAAGGACGUGAGCUUCCGCUACAUUGCCCAGGUCCUGGACGAGCAAGGCCAGCUCUUCGCUGGCACUCUGCCGACGCCAACGGCUUCUAGCCUCGCAUACGUCAUGUUCACGUCCGGGUCAACGGGCAAGCCCAAGGGUGUCCAAGUGGAGCACCGCGGCAUCGUGCGCCUGGUGCGCGAGACCAACGUGGCCUCCAAGACGCAGUCAAGUGGCAAUAUUGCGCACGUUGCCAACCUGGCCUUUGACGCCGCGACAUGGGAAAUCUACGCCGCGCUGCUAAACGGCGGCACGCUAGUCUGCAUCGACUACCUGACGGUCGUUGACCCGGUCACUCUGGGACAGGUGCUGCAGCGCGAGGCCGUGCGGUCCUGCAUGCUCACGCCUGCUCUCCUCAAGCAGUGCCUUGCCAGCGCGCCAUCUGCUCUCUCCGGCCUGGAACUACUCUUCGCUGCCGGAGACCGCUUCGACCCACGCGAUGCUGCCCAGGCCAAGGGCAUAAUCAAGGGUGACCUCGUCAACGCCUACGGUCCCACGGAGAAUACCACCUUCAGCACUAUCUACAAGGUCCCGGCCAACGAGAAGUGUGUCAACGGCAUGCCCAUCGGCGUAGCCAUCAGCAACUCGGGCGCCUUUAUCAUGGACCCGGAGCAGCGCCUCGUGCCUCCUGGCGUCAUGGGUGAGCUCAUCGUCACUGGCGACGGUCUCGCCCGUGGAUACACCAAUGCGGAGCUCAACAAGAACCGCUUCGUGCAUGUGACCAUCAAUGGCGAGUCUGUCCGCGCCUACCGCACCGGUGACCGAGUGCGCCACCGCCCUUCGGACGGUAUGAUCGAGUUCUUUGGGCGUAUGGACUUCCAGGUCAAGAUCCGUGGUCACCGCAUUGAGCUGCCCGAGAUCGAGCAUGCUCUUCUGCGCAGCGAGUCUGUCACCGAUGUCGUGACUCUGGUGUACCAACCUGAGGGUGAGCCGGCGGAGCUUGUUAGCUUUGUCACUGUUCAAGGUGAUAUCGCGGAUGCCGCUGCUCAGCAGGACUCUCAGGACCAGAAAAACGCCGGCGACGGGGGCCGGUCGAAAGAGUCUCUGACCAACAGUCCUCUGCACCUUCAAGAGGCCCAGGUGGUCGAGGCUCAGCUCAAGACAGCGCUACAGGCCUCAUUACCCAAGUACAUGAUCCCUGCACGCAUCACCGUGCUGGACAAGAUGCCCAUCAACGCCAAUGGCAAGGUAGACCGCAAGCAGCUGGCCAGACUGGCGAGCGAGCUCGCCAAGGCGACUAAGGGCUCUCGUCAGAUCGUGGAGCCGCGUACAGACCUGGAGCGUGCCGUGUGCGAGGAGCUCUCCAGUGUGCUCAACAUCGAUGCUGUCGGCAUCACCGACAACUUCUUCGACCUUGGUGGCCACUCCCUCACGGCCCCCCGUGUUGCCGCGCGCAUCAACCAGCGCCUGAAUGCAAAUAUCCUCCUGCGUGACGUGUUCGCUCACCCUGUGAUUGCUGACCUGGCCAAGAAGGUUGGCGAGUCGCUGGGCGAUUCGCCCCGGGACAAGCUGGACCAGAACUCCGGCGAGGACGAGGCCAUUGAGAUCGAGGACGAGGAGGAGCUGCUGACCAUGCCGCUGGCCACCAAGCUGCGACACUUCAACUCUGUUGCCCGUCCGCAGUGCGUCAAGUCGCUAGGCAUCGCCAGCGAGGACAUCGAGCAGGUUCUGCCCGCCACCGGUGUUCAGACCCGCAUGCUCGUCUUCGUCGAGGAGGCCGAGGAGAUGAACAUCACCAAGCCCUGCAUCGAGCACUUUGUUUACCACGUGCCCGACGAGCUCGACUCCGCCCGCCUUAAUCAGGCCGUCGUCGACGUCACCAAGCGCCACGACGCCUUCCGCGCCGUCUGGGUGCAGGUCGAGCACCCCCUGAGCCCCUACGCCCAGUGCAUCCUCAACCCUGCGCACCCCCGUGCCCAGCUGCCCAUGGUCCACAGCGUCGUGCACGAGUACGAUACCAGCCCGGAUAGCCUCUGGGAGCAGACCAUCAGCAACGCCCAGCGCAGCGCCGAGGAGUACAUCCGUCUGGACCGCGUCGGUGCCGUUGUCCACGUCGUGCGCUCCGCCGACAAUAAGCACCACGUCCUCAUCUUCUCCCUCUUCCACCUCAUCUACGACGGUAUGAGUCUCGACUUCCUGCGCCGUUCGUUCGCCCAGGCGUACGAGGGCGUUCCUCCCAGCAAUCUGCGCCCGGUCAGCAUGCGCUUCCCCGUCGAGGAGCACUACAGCACCGACUGGCUUGCUACCAGCAUUUACUGGAUGAAGCGUCUCGCCGGUGUGGCCCCCUUCAAGGCUGGCCAGACGGUGCUCAAGGGUGCGGUUCCCGGACAAUUCACGUCGGUCCGCACCACCCAGGACACCGCCUGCGAGAUCCUCGAGUCCUCCAUCAGCUUGAGCGAGCUCUUCUCCCUCAGCAAGAACAAGUUCCCCUCGCCCAUGGCCAUUGUUCAGGGUGCCUGGGCCAUGACGCUGGCGCAGACUCUCGUCAAGGCCAAGAGCGCUGGCCAGGAGCCUUCCGCGGCCAACCUCGACGUGCAAUUUGGCAGCGUCUUCCACGGCCGCCACAGCCCCGAGGCCCUCCGCUGCGUGGCCCUGAUGCUAAACGUCUUCCCCACACGCAUCGUCUUCUCAGACGCGUACAAGAGUGAAGAAAAAGGCGGGCCCAAGAAACGCACGCACCGCGAGAUCUGCCAGGAGCUGUUCACGCAGUACGUCGACUCCCUGGCGUACUCGGAGAUGCCCUGCCCCACCAUCGACUUUGCCAAGCUGACGCGCCGCUUCGACAACACUAUCAUCCUGCAGGCCUACCCCAAGGAGGAGGUCGAUGUCGACGCCAGCGGGCUGCCCAAGACCACCAUGGAGACCUUGCCCGGGUUCACCCGCGAGGAGAACCUGCAAGAUCCCUGGAAGGAGAGCAAUCACGGCUACCCGAUCUUGAUGGAGCUCUGGCCCGGGCGUGACAACGAGGAUGAGAAGUUCCGCCUACGUUGCACGUACAACAACCGCUGGCCGGGCUACGAGUUCAUGACUCAGGAGUGGGCCCAGGGCUUGCUGCUGACCCUGAAUCAUGCACUCAAUCAGAUCUUGCACAACCCUGAUGGGGAGUUUGACCCUGUGGGGCUUGUCGAGGCAAGACAACAGUAG